CGAAAAGAAAAGGAAAUGGCCGAUAAAGUUCCAUUCUACAAGCUGUUCUCCUUUGCCGAUCCUGCUGACUAUGUCCUAAUGGUUGUUGGUACAAUCGCAGCAGCUGGAGCUGGGAUUUGUCUGUUCCUUACGACUGGGACACUGGGAGAGAUGUUAAAUUCGUUUGGUGAAACACUGGACAGAAAGCAAGUUGUACAUGAAGUGUCAAAGGUAUCUUCAAAGUAUGUGUACUUGGCUCUGGGAUUUGGAGCAGCAUCGUUCUCUCAGGUAGCUUGCUGGACAGUCACAGGACAGAGGCAGGCUGCUCGGAUAAGAAGUUUAUACCUGCAAUCUUUAUUAACGCAAGAUAUUGCAUUUUUUGAUAAAGACCCUAGUACAGGAGAGAUUAUUGAGAGGAUAUCAGUUGAUACUAUUACUAUCCAAGAUGCCAUUGGUGAAAAGGUCGGAAGAUUCAUACAGUUGUCGGCUUCUGUUGUUGGAGGCUUUGCCUCAGCUUUUAACAAGGGUUGGUUGCUCUCCUUGGUCUUGUUAUCUUCAAUUCCGCCACUCAUCCUUACGUCCUCUGUAACGAUCAUCCAACCAGCGAAACAAGCAUCCCGCGGACAAGCAGCCUAUUCAGUAGCAGCAACAGUGGUUGAACAGACUCUUAGCUCAAUUAGAACGGUUGCAUCUUUUACAGGGGAGAAGCAAGCAAUUGCCAAAUAUGGCAAAUCCCUAAAUAAAGCUUACAAUUCAGGAGUGCAAGAGGGAUUGGCAGCUGGUUUCGGUUUUGGUCUUUUCAUGUUCUUUUACUACUGUAUUUAUGCCUUAGCCAUAUGGUUUGGAUCCAAAAUGAUUGCCGAAAAACAAUAUUCUGGAGGAGAUGUCCUGAAUGUAACGCUUUCUGUGCUAACUGGAUCCUUUUUUGUUGGGCAAGCAUCCCCUUGCUUGAGUGCAUUUGCAUCAGGACAAUCUGUAGGUUUUAAAAUAUAUCAGAUAAUGAAGAGAAAGCCAGAUAUCAGUCCUUCCAAUUCAGAUGGACUGAAAUUAGAUAAUAUGACCGGCACUAUAGAAUUGAAGGAUAUCUAUUUCAGUUAUCCAGCAAGGCUACAUGAACAGAUAUUUAGUGGAUUUUCUCUCUUCAUACCAAGUGGAACAACUACAGCAUUGGUUGGACAAAGUGGACAAGAAAAAUCAACCGUUCUCAGCCUUAUCGAGAGGUUUUAUGAUCCUCAAGCAGGUGAAGUUCUGAUAGAUGAUAUUAAUAUCAAAGAAUUUCAGCUCAAGUGGAUCAGAAGCAAAAUUGGUCUUGUCAGCCAGGAACCUGUAUUGUUUGCCCUGAGCAUUAGGGAUAAUAUUGCAUAUGGAAAGGAUAACGCAAGUCCCGAAGAAAUACAAGCUGCUGCAGAACAUGCCAAUGCUGCUAAGUUCAUUGACAAAUUACCUCAGGGACUAGACACGAUGGUUGGUUCGCAUGGAAUUCAGAUGUCAGGGGGGCAAAAGCAGAGAAUUGCCAUAGCUAGAGCAAUUUUGAAAGACCCCAGAAUUCUACUAUUGGAUGAAGCCACAAGUGCUCCUGAUGCAGAAUCUGAGAGGACUUUGCAAGAAGCUCUGGAUGGGGUUAUGGUCAACCGAACAACUGUCAUUGUGGCACAUCGUUUGAGCACUGUGAAGAAUGCAGAUGAAAUUGCUGUUAUUGAUCAAGGAAAGAUCGUUGAAAAAGGUUCGCAUACUGAGCUACUACAAGAUCCUGAAGGAGCAUAUUCCCAGCUCAUACGGCAACAACAGCUUAAUAAAGGACCAGAUGAUGGCAUUGUCGAUAAUCAUGAUAAAUCAGAGAUCAAAGUAGAUUCUGGAAGACAUUUGAACCAGAGAAUUUCCUAUCUGGAAUCCACAAGUCAGUGCUCAUCUGUAGUAGGUAGCAGCAGCCGUCACUCAUUCUCCAUUUCAAUUGAUAUGCCAGAAACAGAAGUGGGAGAAUCAAAAAAAUCAGUUUCCAUGCCAUCAAAAAUGGAACAACAAGUUCCACUUUACCGCUUGGCCUAUCUUAACAAACCAGAAAUUCCAGAACUAUUGCUUGGUUCCUUGGCAGCUGUUAUUACUGGUUCAAUGUUGCCAAUUCUUGGGGUAAUUCUAUCAAGAGGAAUCAAGACAUUCUAUGACCCUGCUCAUGAACUUCAUAAGAAUUCAAGAUUCUGGGCAUUAAUGUUAGUAGUUCUUGGGGUGGCUUCCUUGUUGGCAACACCAUUAAAAGCAUACUAUUUUGCUGUGGCAGGAUGUAAGCUAAUCAAACGUAUUCGAUUGAAGUGCUUUGAGAAAAUAGUUUAUAUGGACAUAAGUUGGUUUGACAGGGAGGAGAAUUCAAGUGGUAGAAUUGGCUCCCAGCUUUCAAUUGAUGCAACAUCUGUGGGAAGUCUAGUCGGUGAAUCACUUUCCAUGCUUGUUCAGAACAGUGCAACAGGUUUUGCAGGCCUACUUAUUGGUUUUGCAGCAAGCUGGCGGUUAUCUCUGAUAGUAAUAUCCAUGUUACCAUUGAUUGGCUUCAAUGGGUAUAUGUACUCGAAAGCCUUGAGUGGAUAUAGUGCUAAUGCAAAGAAGUUAUACGAGGAAGCCACUCAAGUAGCCAUUGAUGCAGUCAGAAGUAUUAGGACAGUUGCAUCCCUUUCUGCAGAGGAUAAGGUGAUAUCCUUGUAUGAGAAGAAAUGUAACGGCCCUGCCACAACAGGAAUAAAACGAGGAUUGUAUGGUGCUGUAGGAUACGGUUUGUCCAUGUUCCUCCUGUAUUCUAUCUAUGCAACCAUUUUCUAUGCUGGAGCUCAAUUUGUUGAGGCUGGCAAGAUAACCUUUAGUGACGUUUUCCAGGUUUUUUAUGGCUUGACCAUGGCUGCCAUUGCUAUAUCUCAAUCAAGUAAACUUAGUCCAGACUCUAGCAAAGCAAGAAGUGGUGCUGCUUCCAUCUUUGCACUGCUUGACCUGAAUUCACCUAUAGACUCGAGCAAAACCUCAGGAAUUACAUUAGACAAUGUGAAGGGAGAAAUACUAUUUCAGCAUGUCAGCUUCAAAUAUCCAAAUAGACCUGAUGUUCAGAUUCUUAAAGAUCUUUGUUUGGCUAUUGAGUCUUGCCAGACACUUGCUCUGGUUGGAGAUAGUGGGAGUGGAAAAUCUACUGUCAUUUCACUACUGCAAAGAUUUUAUGAUCCUGAUUCUGGUGAAAUCACACUAGAUGGAAUGGAACUAAGAACACUGAAUUUGAAAUGGUUAAGGCAGCAGAUGGGAUUAGUAAGUCAGGAACCUGUUUUAUUUAAUGGCACAAUCCGUGCUAACAUUGCAUAUGGCAAAGAAGGUAGUGCCGCAGAAGCUGAAAUCAUAUCUGCAGCAGAAAAAGCAAAUGCUCACAAUUUUGUCAGCAGUUUACAACAGGGCUACGACACAAUAAUAGGUGAAAGAGGGAAACAAUUAUCAGGUGGCCAGAAGCAAAGAGUGGCCAUUGCCCGAGCAAUUAUAAAGUCCCCCAAGAUUUUACUUCUUGAUGAGGCCACUAGUUCUCUUGAUGCUGAAUCUGAAAAUGUAGCUCAAGAUGCAUUGGUUCAAGCUAUGGAGGGUAAAACCACAAUAGUGGUGACACACAGGCUCUCCACAAUUAAGGGCGCAGACUUGAUUGCAGUUGUUAAAAAUGGUGUGAUUCAGGAGAAAGGGAACCAUGAAAGCUUGAUUAGUAUAGCAGAUGGCAUCUAUGCUUCUCUUGUAGAACAAUAUGCCUGUGCUCCAUCUACAUGAAGCUACGAUAUGAGAAGGUUCCACAGUCAGUGUUUUGUGGUUCUGGCCCAAUUUUCUAGUUUUAACCCUUAGUUUUGAUUUGAUGCCUUAUUGUAACCUGCAAUGAUUUCCUUCCUUUUAGGAUUUCCUGUGUAACAGUGACUGAACUGCUAGCAAUUUGUACAUAUAUAUAUAUAUAUAUAUAUAUAUAUAUCCACGUUCACUGUAUUGGUAUUCAUAUUCCAGUCCAUCUAAUGAAUUAGACUGUAUU